CGCGCGGCGCUUCCACUCGAGGCUGUCCUGCCGUGCAACAGUUUCAUGGACAUCCUGACUGUUUCAAAGGGGAGGCAUGCAAAAUCCUGAGGAGCAUUACCAUGUUGCUGCUCCACCCUCAUACGGAGACCUCCAGGAUGAAAAAUAUCAACCUUUCCCGCCUCCUAUGUCUCCAAUCUUUGCUCAGUUACCAAGGAAACAGCCCUCACCAUCAGAGGCGAGCGCAGACGACAUUGGGGGUGAGAAGAUCGGUGGCAUACUCCUCUCACAAAUGGAAGAAGAGCCCAUGACUAUGUGGAGGGAACCAGCUGAUGUGGAUGUUGACAAGCUGUUGUCUGAAAAAGGCAUUUGUCGUCUAUGGAGUGUUCUCUGCAGCACAUCCUUCAAAGGAGAGGGGUACGAGGUGGAGGAUCUGCAUACUCUCCUGGGGGAGAUCGAGAGCUGGGCGUGCCAACUUUACCCCCAGCACACCUUUGAUGACGUCGUCUCCCAGUUCGAGAACCUAGGGCACAGGCCAGACAUACAGGGCUCCGUGCGGGGUCUUCAGCAGGGCUGUGUGAUGCCGGGGGGUCUGGAGGAGGCUGAGGACCAAGCAUGUGAGGGGGCCAUAUCCAGCUCUGACUGCAGCCACCCGAGGGAGAGAGAGAGGAAGAGGGAGAGGGAGAGGGAGAGGGAGAGGGAGAGGGAGGGGGUGAGCACCACUUCUGCAUCUCCCCGACAACCGCUCUGCCAGCAGAGAAGGCUCUUGAUCCAGAGUGUCCUGUAGUGAUGAUGGGGAAAUGGGGCAACACAGUGAUCUCUUAUCAGCUCAUCUCAGUGGAAGACUGCCGCACCGCAGAUAUAGUGGAUGCUCUGGCUGCUGCCCGGAACAGUGGACGCUGACGGACUCACCCAGAAUUCUUUGAAGCACAUUGAAUGACAAUUACGUAUGAUAAUGUGCUAUAUAAGUAAUUUUGAUUGAUUGAUUGAUUGAUUGAUUGAUUGAUUGAUUGAUUGAUUGAUUGAUUGAUUGAUUGAAGGCUUUACAGUAAAGAUAACAAGCUCAGCAAUAAGCAUUUGGGCAGAUUGAGUCAAAACAGGCAAUGAAAUGAAUAAUUUUGUAUUGAUUACCAAAUGGGAUCAGGGAACCUCAGACUUGCUUUGCUAAAUAAAGCAAAGCGAUUGCAAAGUUCAUUCACGUCUACAUACACCAGCAACAAGGCUGCAACUGGCAGCUGUAACUGCAGGCCGAUACAGUAGGCCUACAUCA